AUGACAGAGGGACAGAGUCCGGCGGUGAGCCAGGGUCAAUACCAAUGUCUUCAGCUGUCCAACAAUGAUCGCCAAGACAACAGAACCGGUACAUUCUGUGGACGUAUAUGGGAUGGUUUAUUUUGCUGGGGUGAGACACCAGCUGGGACAUCUGUAACACAAAACUGUCCAGAACAUCCUGACCGGGACCCGACUGAAAAAGUGACCAAAUAUUGUGACAAAUUGGGCAACUGGGUAAAAGAAACUGGUUCCACAUGUCAGCCUGAUUCAAAGGACAAAUUACAGGAAAUCCCCCAUUUUUUGAGGGGCGCUGCAGGAGAGUUGACAACCGUUGAGGCCAUUGAGGAUUACAGAGAAAAAGGCAGCGAUGUUCAGAAAAUGAUCUUUGAGAAUGAAAAGAAAUGCUUCGAGGAAAUGGAGCGAGAUCCUCCCUAUGACAAAUCAGGUCUGUUCUGCAGUCGUAACUGGGAUGGCUGGCUGUGUUGGGACGAUACUGCAGCGGGAACCUACGCCUCCCAGAGCUGCCCAAAUUAUUUUACUGAUUUAGAUCCUGCAGAAACGGUGAUUAAGUUCUGCAGAGAAGACGGGCAAUGGUUUCAUCAUCCAGAGACCAAUAGGAUUUGGGCCAACUAUACACUGUGUGCUACCACCCAUGACAAAAGACAAAGGGAAGUGAAAAUGCUUGAGAAUGAAUACAAAUGCCUCCUGAAGAUAAAUCGAGAUCCACCUCUGAACAAUUCAGGUCUGUACUGCAGAUGGAACUGGGAUGGCUGGCUGUGCUGGGAUGAUACUCCAGCUGGGACCUACGCCUCCCAGAGCUGCCCUGAUUAUUUUUCUGCCUUUGGCCCCACAGCCACGGCAACUAAGUACUGUGGAGAGGACGGCCUGUGGUUUCGCGAUCCAGAGAGCAACAGGACAUGGACUAACUAUACACUGUGUGCUGUCAACACUAUGGAGAAGUUGAAGGUAGCUGCCCAGCUCUCGGGAAGCGCUGAGGAUCAGCCCGCUGAUGAGGCCUCGGUCAGCCCCACAGUUAACCCCCAAGAAGAGGAAAUCAGGCGGAAGAAGAUCCUCGACAGCCAGUACAAAUGCUUUGAGAAAAUGAAUCGAGAUGCACCUUAUAACAAAUCAGGGAUGCACUGCAGUCGUAACUGGGAUGGCUGGCUUUGCUGGGGCGACACUGCGGCAGGAACAUACACGUCUCAAAACUGCCCCAAAUAUUUUUUGGAUUUUGACCCGACAGAAAAGGCCACAAAGUACUGUGGGGAGGAGGGUCAGUGGUUUCGCCACCCGGACACCAACAGGACCUGGUCCAACUACACUCUCUGCAACGAAAACACCAGGGCAAAAUUGAAGUCAGCGUACAUUCUAUUUUACAUGGCAAUCGUGGGUCACGCUUUAUCCAUAGCGUCGCUGCUCAUUUCUCUGGCCAUCUUCUUCUACUUCAGGAGCCUGAGCUGCCAGAGGAUCACCCUCCACAAGAACCUCUUCUGCUCCUAUGUGCUCAAUUCCGCCCUCACCAUCAUCUACCUCGCAGCGGUGGUCAACGAUCCUGAAUUGGUGGGCAGAAACCCGGUUGGCUGUAAGGUGCUACACUUUUUCCACAUGUACAUGCUGGGCUGCAAUUACUUCUGGAUGCUGUGCGAAGGCAUCUACCUGCACACACUCAUCGUGGUGGCUGUGUUUGCAGAGGAGCAGCAUCUGCACUGGUACUACCUCCUGGGCUGGGGCUUUCCACUAGUCCCUGCAUCCAUCCACGCCGUGGCAAGGAAAAAGUAUUUCGACGACAACUGUUGGAUGAGUGUGGAAACCCAUCUGCUCUACGCGGUCCAUGGUCCUAUAGUGGCAGCGCUUCUUGUGAACCUCUUCUUCUUACUAAAUAUCAUAAGGGUGUUGGUGACAAAAUUGAGAGACACGCACCGGGCAGAGUCCAACAUGUACAUGAAAGCGGUGAGAGCCACCCUGAUUCUCGUGCCCCUGCUGGGAAUACAGUUUGUCAUUUUCCCCUGGAGGCCAGAGAACCGGCUGGCGGGGGAGGUCUACGAGUACAUCAUGCACAUACUCAUGCAUUACCAGGGUUUACUGGUGGCAACAAUAUUCUGCUUCUUCAAUGGAGAGGUGCAAGCAACUCUAAAGAGACAGUGGAUGCAGUAUAAGACCCAGUGGGGUCAGAGACGAAAGGACCACUGCUCCAUGCGCUCCACGUCAUACACGGCCACCUCCAUCACCGAGGUCCCUGCCUGCAUGUACCACCACGACUGCAACAGCGAACACUUGAACGGCCGCCACACGGAGGACUCCGAGCUGGUGGCGCUGAAAUCAGGGGAUACAUACGCAUGA